GACGUCACACAGAGUCAUGCGGCGGAAGCGUCAGCCGGAUGUGACGUCACACACAGGGAGUCCGGCGGCGGAAGCAGCGGCAGCCAUGGCGCUCAAUAGGCACCACUCGAAGGAAGGUGGUGUCGUCGUCCCCAAUGCUGAGAGCAUUCUCAAGCAGUGUAAAGAUGUGGAGCUCUCCUUCAGUGACGUGACUGGCAAGCCUGAAGCCUUCAAAGGCACCAAGAAAGGAAUGCUGUAUCUCACACCAUACAGGAUGAUCUUCGUGUCCAAGGGCAAGGAUCCCAUGCUGUCUUUUAUGAUGCCAUUUUAUUUGGUGAAAGGGUGCUCUAUUGAGCAGCCUGUUUUCUCUGCUAAUUACAUCAAAGGACAGAUUCAGGCUGAGGCAGGAGGUGGCUGGGAAGGGCAGGGAACGUUUAAACUGACUUUCAACAGUGGAGGAGCCAUUGAGUUUGGACAGCUGAUGUUCAAAGCUGCCUCUAGUGCUUCCAGUGGAGCUCCUCUCCAGCCCCCUGGCUAUGGAUACACACCUGUACCUGGAGGGUAUUCCCCUGUCCCACCUGCUCCAGGUGGCUAUGCACCUGCUCCAGGAGGAUAUGCACCUGCACCGGGGGGCUAUGCUCCUCCUCCACCACCUCCAAAUGGUCCUUAUCCUUAUGCACCACCUCCAAUGAAUGCAUAUGGACCUGCUCCCCAGCCCAUGGGGUAUCCGUAUGCCCAGAAUCCAGGUAUUUACCCACCGCUCCCCAACAUGAAUUCCAGCAGUGUGUUACCUCCUCCUCCCCCCUACUCUGGACCAUCUCCUGCAGGACCCUCAGCCCCACCAGCUUCCACACCCUGGGUGGACUCAGGUAUGCCAGGGAACAGUAAGGCCAUGGAAGCUGCUUCCAGUGCGUAUUACAACCCUGCUAACCCACACAAUGUCUACAUGCCCAUGGAUCAGCCACCUCCUUAUGCACCUCCUGAAGAUAAGAAAAACAACUAACAGACAGAAAUUGCAGCCAGCCUCCCACACUCUCUCUCCCAGAAGACAAUUAGGCUGUCACUACCCAUGGGGUUAGCGUAUCUCUGUGUUUCUCUGUGUAUGUACAAUGUGUGUAGUGCUGGGCAGCUGAGCAUCUGCCCUCCUUAAACGUUAAGUGACUGGCAAUACAAGGCAGAACAAUA